UCAGUGAGCUGUGCCUCUCCCAGGAGCACGUCAACGCAUUGUUGCCGAUGAUCCAAGCGAAAAGUCCAUUGUUGUUGCGAAGUUUUUAAUCUGAGGAUUUAAAGCACAUCACAUGCUCGGAGCGGGCAGCGGGGCACUCCACAACAACAGGAAAAACUAGGCUGCUGCAAAUAUCCACGUUGGGGAGGGAAACGAUUCAUCCCGAACGGAGCGACCAAACUUUUCUAGGAUCGCCGGAGAAGAGGCUUAAAAAGUGCAACUAUAGAAGGAACUUUUCUGUAUAGCCUACUCUGGUUAAACCUGACGGUCGGACAUCUGGGAUAAACAUGACGCUCAAGUACAGCCAGAGGUCUCUCAUAGUGCUGUCUUUACUAGGGAUUUUAUCGGCCAUUAUGUCCGUUUUAGCGGUCAUUUUAAUUUUCCAGCUCCAGUCUCAACAGAUGGCAAUAAAGGAGACUCCCCCGUCCACCUCCACGGUCAUACCAGCUCAGGUCUGGGCCGUCCUGCUGCCCGUCUCCGCGGUGCUCUCUGCUCUGUCCCUCACCCUGAACCUCAGCUCUGUGGUGGUGUGUUUGCUGCACGGCUAUUUCUCAACAGAGGUCUGCAGAGGAGAGCACGAAACGGAAAGAGCAGACUGGUUCCUUUUGGAUAGCAGAUCUAUACGACAUGUGGCUAUAGGACUGUUCUGCCUGGGAGUUUCUGUCUACUUGGCUGCUAUGUCCAUCUUUAUGCUCCUGGUAUUUGAGGUGGAGACCGGCAUUGCAAGUGCUUGUGUACUCUCUUUUGGGAUUCUAAUCCUUCUGUUCGUAGUGACCCACUCGCUGGUCAAAGCUUCCUGCGGUGCAAAGCAAUACAAGAGAGAACACCUCGGCACUCAUUACGAGAACGACAAUGGGAAUAGCCCUAAACCUCUCUCCCGACCCUGCGAGCUCAAGAUCGGCGUGGACAAACCGCGAAUACACCGGAGCGAAUCUCACCUCCAGCAUCCAAUGACCUACCCUCAAUAUAGUAACCCGAGACAGCGAGAAAAAUACCAGCAACCGCAGUACUCUCCAGAUAGAGGUUCCCAGGGCCUCACCAGCGAUAAAGAAGGAUACAGCAGUGGAGGCAGUGGUCCCAGAAUGCAUAGGACCAUAUCUACUGAAUCUGGUUUCCUGCAGGCCCAGGCUAAACCUUGGAAUGGGGUCAACAGUGAGAUGAGGAGUGUCCUCGCCCGCAAAACAGGGAUAACAGCAAAAGACUCCACUCUCGUGUGACAAGAGAGAAGCUGAGCAUGUGGUUACAGAACGUGAGAGACAAGCUGCUACCACAAGUGUCAUCUCAAACAGAUGCAGAACUGUAACUUGCUUCCUUAUUACCCUCAGCAAGUGUAUCCUGACUGCUUGCAGUCAACAUAGAUAGAAAUUGAAACACACCCAAUUUUUUUGUCAGUGGCUAUACUUUUCAAAUGAUAAAGCAUUCUUAAUUUGUUUUGAACAUGUUGAGCACCACUUUGUGUAAUUUGUAGUGUUUUGUAUAAAUGAAACUUGAUUUUAAAUUAAUUGUAAACACAAAUUCUGACCCAAUUAUCGCUCCCCCAAAUGUAUAGCUUUCAUUGUAAUAAUGUAAAUACGUUACUCUGCUGUUUUUUGCCAAAUAUUUGAGCACAGUGUGCACAUUUGUUUUGUUGUUUGUAUAUUUCAUAUCAACCUGAAAUCAAUUUUAGAACAGAUAAUUCAGAUUUAAAGUAGGAUAUUGUAUACCUCAAUAAGACAAUAACAUAAUAUUUAAAAAAUAUAUAUUUCACUUCAAAUGUCAUUUAGUUGUACAUUUCAACAACUGAAGAAAAGAAAAAGACAAAAAAACGUUCUGAAUGUGACAAUAUCAUGUCUGGAGGAAGAACUAACCUUGGACACCUCUGUGCUGAGGUCAUGAGGAAGUGGAUGGGGGAUGUGAAGCAGAGACAAGGGGACUGGGUAAGGGGGUCACAUCACUUAAGCUUCAUGCAGGUGUCAUUGAGAAAUGAAAGAACCACACAGAAAAUCAAAAAACAGAAAACAUGAAUCCAGAAUUACCUACAAGGAGCUCAGAACAAGCCAGUUAUUGGGGAAAUAAUUGGCAUAAAGUAAAAUAAAAAAAGUUAAAGCUCCAAAUAUAAAAAAAUACAAAUGAUCAUAAGUGAGGGAGGAAAACAGACCAAUGAAAGCAAAGGUAAAACAUGCACAAAUGUAUGAUGUGAAGCAAAGAAUGAAUACAAACAACAUUAAACUCCACACAGAUUGACUGAUUUCUCUCAUUUUACUUAAAAAAUAAAUACGUGUGUGUGUGA